AUGUCGCUCGAGACGCCCGCGUUAUUCGCCGCCCCUUCUCCCUUAUCGCCCAUUGGAAAGUCGUCCCCAGACUGUGCGCCCGCGACUGCCGCUGCUCGGUCGCGUUCCCCGCUGCAGCCGACACAGACGAACCAGGACAUGGCGCUCUCAACAUCACCGUCACCGAUUCAGGAGGGCUCGGAGUCGAUCACGUCAGCCGAUAGCCCUAGCAACGCGCCGUCGUCCGCGGAAAACGAGCCGGAGGGCACCAGGAGCGACGAUGGGGCGCAGAAAGAGGCCAAGCAAGAGGUCGAUCCCUCGAUUGUAGAGGCUCUGAGGAGCAAGGAUCGCUUGUUCGUUUUGAGGCUGGGGGAACAGAUGGAGACCCUGUUCACCGAGCAAAAGACCCAAAUUGAUGUCCUCCCCACCACUUCGUAUCAGCGGCUGCUCGUCCAUCGAUGCGCAGCCUAUUAUAAACUGCGCCCAGAGAAUGAUCCUGCUUCAAAAGGUCUCAUUGUUAUGCGCACCGUGGAGAGCAAGAUUCCUACUCGAAGGCUGGCUGACUUAGUGCCAGCUGAAUUACCUUCCGCACCUGCUUUCAAAAUCAUGCGUCGUGUUUCCAAGGAUCGCUCACGUUCCAAAGCUUACUCGCAGGCAGGUUCGACUGCUGGGGACGAAGCUGAGCUCUCUGAUGUCGAGCCAUCUGAAUCUGGUAGCAUUGGUGGAAGGAGUAAUGCGACGGGCCACAGCAAAAAGCACAUGACCAUCGAAGAGAGAGAAGCUGCGUACAAGGAAGCGCGGUCACGGAUAUUUAUGGACUUUGAAGAGAAGGAGAAGGACAUGAGCGGUAGCUCAUCGACGCGCAGCAUCAUAUCCGGUUCGGGCGGCGAAGGGAGCAGCAUUGGCGAUAUUGACGAUUCUAACAGCACAGCACCGACUGAGAGCGAAUGGUCUGCUCCUGUCAGCAGUGAGAAGAGGGAGGGUAGGCGUGGAAAAGGCUCAUCACGGUCCUUGCGGUCAUCUGCACGCGGGUCGCGUGCUGCAUCUCCCUCAUUCACCUAUGCCUCCUUGUACGAGCCUCCGGUACCCGGUGCUUCCUAUGAUCCCUCUCAGAUGGGCGUUCCGCCUCCGCAAGGGUACAUGCAGCAUUACAUGUAUCCGUAUCCACCUCCGGGACAAGCGCCUGGCCAGGGCUAUCUUGCUCCCUAUCCCUACUAUCCUCCUUACUCGUAUCAACAUCAGCCGUAUCCUAUGACACACUCUGAACCCGUCAGCCCGUCGGGGGGAGAGAUGUAUGGACCCAUACCGCCGCCGUUAGGCUACAAUCCGUACGCAUGGGCACCGCCUCAACAGCAGCCUCCGCCACCGGGGUCCGCGCAAGGCCCACUUUCACAGCAGUCGCAGCAGAGUCCUAACCAGCCAGCGGCUCAACCGAUGCAAGCUAUUCCACAGUACCCUCCUCCUAAUGCUCCGAUGUACGCUCCUCCCUACGGACCGGCCUCGCACAUGUACGGUCAAUAUCCUGUGCCUCCUUACUAUCCGCCUCAUUCUGCCCCUCCGCCACACAUGGCCCAGCCGAUCCCCACUUCUCCCCAAAUGCAGCCGCACUUAAUGUACCACCACCCAAUGGACAUGUCUGGGCCCAAUGGCCCCGGGUCUCCUGCGAGAAAUAACGUUAAUGGUAACAGCAGCGGGAAUUGUAGCGCCAAUCACAGUCGAACGUCGUCGAGGAAUAGUUCUAAUAACGGUGGAAGACGAGGUGCGCCUCAGGCUCGUCAUGCGUGGACGUACGGCCCUGGAAUAGGCAGUUACACAGGUAAUGAAUCGGUAGGGCCUCGGCUCACUCCGUCAAUGAGGAGACAGACAACCACCUCCAGUGUUGGGAGUGCCAGUACUGGCAAUCGGACUCCGGGUGAUGAGACAUCUUCUGUCGCAUCUUCUUCCACAUCAUCCUCUUCACGGCGUACAUAUACGUCAACGUCGACGACCUCAACACAUCCAUUACCCGCUAGGCCUGAUUGGGCAGUAGGACUGAGGCCGCAAUCCAAUCGUCAUCUCGACAAUAAUACACCGUCGAGAAAUGGCUCUAAUCAACAGCAGUCACGGCCUGUACCGCCUCAAUCCAAUGAUUUCCCUCCCCUGACUCUCUCACCGCCCCCCAAAGCCCCCGCCACAACUGGCGCGUGGAUCAACGCAUCCUCUACUAGGUCCAUUCUGAUGCCAAGCGCGCCUCAGGGUGGUCAGCCUAGCACUUAUGCUAGUGCUUUAGUACAGCACCCCGCUUCUAAUGGGAACACCAACCAGUCCCCAAGGCUCGAUUCUCAGGCCUUCGAGAGACCGCCUCCCAAAGGCCCUGCCGAGCUUUUCAAUCCGAAAGGACGACGGCCUACUGUCAACAAUGGUAAUGGUGGAGGCAAGAGUGCUUCGCCGCCUGUCCAGGAUAAAGUGGAGAAGUCGCGAGGAGACGCUGCGGCAACCGCCGCUUUGGCUGACAAAAUGGGUGCCGUGACGCUUGAUGGGAAAGGUGAAGCCCGGGGCACAGGCCCUGGGACAGCGCAUUCGACAGAUUCUGCCGCUCCCGCGGACAGUCAACGUCCAGACGGUGUAGUUAAUUCCUCAUAGCCUUCCACGGACAUAGCUCUACAUCUCCCCUGCACUCCUCGAUACUGCACACUGUCUCGUUUUGUUUGUCUGAUUUCGCCUGUUCGUCGUCGUACAUGUGCAUGUUCUGUUGUAUUCAGAUAACAAACGUGUUAGAUAGUACUAGAAGAAUUGCACAAUGUCACGAUCUUUCUUGGUCA